AGAAAUCAGUCCUGCAUGUUACCCUCCGUUCAGAGAUCGGUCUCUACGAGUCUCAGUCUAUUCAUUCUCAAUCUAGAUUACCGUUCGAGGCGUUUCAGCAGGGAAGAUGGCCAGGAUCGAACAGCUUGAAGCGAUUGAGUGGAACGAAAAGCAUCUCUCCUCAGCCAAACAUGACCUUUCGUCUUCGGCCGCUUCCAAUAUCUCCCUGUCUGAGCUUCUAGACAUAUCAGAGAACAGACCGCAUUCCGAAAAGGAGUUGUCACUGAGUGGACUAAAACUCAAGGCCAACGAUACUGGCUUGGGUCAUGUUGAACUGCGGAGAAAUUUGGCAGCCCUGUACUCUGCACGCUCAGCAGGAGUGACCGAAGAUGAUAUUAUGAUCACCAAUGGAAGUGCCGCUGCGGAUUAUACAGUGUUCACCGCGCUGCUGAGCCCUGGGGAUCAUGUCAUCUGCCAGCAUCCGGUUGAUGAGCUGCUUUACAAAAUACCUGCAUCUCUGGGCGCGGAGGUCACUUGGUGGAAUGCAGACCCAGCGAAAAAGUGGCAGCUUGAUAUUGAGGAGCUAAAGACAUUGAUCAGGGACAAUACAAAAUUGAUCGCGAUCCAGAGUCCUUGUGACCCCACGGGCGCUAUAGUGUCCAGACCCAUUCUCGAGGCCCUUAUUGAAGUGGCAGCGCAAAGGGGUAUAACCAUUCUGGCGGAUGAGACCUACAGACCUCUUUUCCAUUCGAUAUUACCGUCAGACGAUGAUUUUCCACCCUCCACGAUCAACCUGGGCUAUAAGAAAGUUGUGGUGACGGGUACGGUAAGUAAAGCAUACGGUUUGGCCGGGACAAGAGCCGGAUGGAUUGCCACGAAGGACGAGACCAUUCUCGAAGCCUGCAGAAAAAUCAGGCGUCUCCAAUCCGGUGCUGCAUCAACAUUAGACGAGGUGAUUGCUGCAGAGGCCGUGAGUGACAGGUGCAUUCACGCAUUAUUAGCCAGAAACAUCAAGUUAUGUCAAACAAACCUCGACCUGCUGCAAGGGUUUGUCGACGAGCACAAUUGGUCAUGUUCUUGGGUCAAACCACGGGCUGGAACAACGGCAAUGCUCAAGUUUCACAAGAUGGGAAAGCCGAUCGACAGUGAGCAGUUUUGUUCCAAGUUAAUCGAGGAGUCCGGCAUUCUCCUCUGUCCCGCAGGCAAAUGUUUCGGGGAUAGUCGAGUUGUUCGCGGGUAUGUGAGGGUUGCAUUCGGAGGAUCGACGGAAGAGGUGAAAGCAGCCCUUGCGGCGUGGAGAUCAUUCAUGGAGGACAGCUUCGAAUCGGUACCGACACUGUCGACCAAGUCCAGCAGCUGAUCUAGGUGCAUCGCGACGCACAUCAAAUCAUA